AUGGACUUAUACACAAGGCCGUCAAUAUUUCGAAGUCUUAAAAUUCUUCAGCUUCUACUUGCUUUAGCUUGUUUAAGUCUUGAGAUAACUCAAAUUAUUGAAUUUUCAAAAUCCGAUCCAAAAGUAUCGGAUUAUUUCGAUACUCGAUAUAGGAGUUCUGAAG